AUGUUGUUGGAAGCCAAAGUGUAAGGGAGAACUUUUCAAAGCCGGCAUGACUCACUGAACGGUGAGAAUAUCACAAAGUGUACAGGCAGCUGUGUUCACAAGGCUGUUUUAAACUGACAGUUAACUUUUCAGUGGAAGUGUUAUGACCAGGGAAGAAGGUUACAGAGAAGAAUUUAGCUAUGACAGGAUGCCAACUUUGGAGCGGGGAAAACAAGAGAAUGGAAAUUAUAUACCAGAUAUCAAAUCCAGUGACCUUCAGCUGUCCAAAAGGCUGCAUCCUUGCUUUAGUUACAGAACAUGGAUAUUUUCUUUGCUGAUGGGAACUUGCCUCCUUAUUACUUCUGGAUUUUCACUAUAUCUGGGAAAUAUUUUUCCAUCUGAAAUGGAUUAUUUACGUUGUGCAGCAGGUUCAUGUAUUCCUUCAGCAGUUGUGAGCUUUGCUAUAGCAAGGAAUAAAAUUAAUGUGAUACCAAAUUUUCAGAUUCUGUUUGUCUCUACGUUUGCUGUUACAACAACGUGUUUAAUUUGGUUUGGAUGCAAACUUGUCCUCAAUCCAUCAGCUAUAAAUAUAAAUUUCAACUUGAUUCUACUUAUUCUGCUGGAAAUCUUCAUGGCAACUACUGUGAUCAUUUCAGCUAGGUCUACUGAAGACUGCUGUACAAGAAAGAAAAACACUGCAUAUGACAGUGCCAUUGUUUUGAGCAACGUCAGCUUUCCUGCUCGAGUUCUGAAGUCAUACUCAGUAAUUGAGGUGAUUAUUGGAAUUUCAUCAGUAUUUGGUGGAAUAAUUGCUUUGAAUAUGGAUGUUCUAGUCUCAGGUCCAUAUCUCUCAGUAACAUUCUUUUGGAUCUUAGUUGCUUGCUUUCCAAGUGCUAUUGCAAGUCAUGUAGCUGCUGAAUAUCCAAGUAAAUGUCUGGUUGAGGUCCUGAUUGCCAUUAGCAGUGUUACAUCUCCAUUGUUGUUCACUGCUUCUGCGUACUUAUCCUUCAGUAUCAUGCAAGUUGUUGACAUCUUUAAAAAUUAUCCACCUGCUGUUAAACAAUCUUAUGAUGUACUCCUGUUGCUUCUGAUGUUGAUGCUGCUAAUUCAGGCAUGCCUUACUAUUGGAACUGUAAUACAGUGUGUAAAUUACAAGACAAAAAUGAAACUACAAGAUUCGUCAUGGACAGCAGCACAGGUUAAAAAGCAGGAAUACAGAACAACAGAGGUUUCCAAUAAUACAUUAAAGGAUUUUGACAAGGAUAAAGCCUGGAAAGCAGUUGUGGUACAGAUGGCUCAGUAGUUUGGAUUCUACAAAUGCAGCCAGUACAGCACAAUCCAAUACAGUAAAUCAACUGUUAAAGUUUAAAAACUUUUCAAUUUUUAAAUGGCAAUAUAGUUACAGCAGCAAGAGCCAUGGAAUAACACAGUAAAUAAUAUGUCUUCUAUUAGUUUUGAAAUAUGUUGAUAAUAUUUUUAACAAAUCUGUCUUUUCUGUUGGUAUCUGUAGUCUAGUGUUGCUUUAUAAGAUACCUUUAGAAAAAGGUUAUGAGUCACAUGGAUUUAUGCUGAUGGCAAAGUAAAAUAUUACAAUUAUGUAGUAGGCUUCUUAUAUUUGCAAGAGAUUGUUAUAACUGCAGUUAUGCAGUCAGUGUGACUGAUAAAUGCUUUUGUAAAGUUAUGAGUACAAGUCAUAAUUGAUGUUUUUGCUUAUACUUCACUUUUGUAGGAGUUGUAAAGUUGUUCUGCAUCUUAUUGCUUUUAUAUAAAUAAAAGUCUUUAUUAUGUGGAAACGCGAGAA